AUCAUGAUUGUAAGUUUCCUGAGGCCUCCCAAGGUGUGCUUCCUGUGCAGCCUGUGAAAUGAUGGGAAGCUUGAACCUGGGGCCAAGAUAUCAAGAGUAGAGCAGCAGGACAUUUCAAAAGAAGAUUAAUCUCAAGGAUUAGAGAUGGAAGAACUUGCAAAGAGAAAGUCUAUACCAGAAGAAAUCUGGAAAUCUAGAGGCCAGUUUAAGAAUCAGCCGCUAAACAAGGGGAGUAAUCUAGGGUAGGAGAUAGCUACCUGCACAAAAAUUCCUACCAGAGAAAGAGAUGUAGAAUCUAAUGAAUUUGUGAGAAUUUUUACUAUAAGAUCAAUACUUGUUACAGAGCAGAGAGAUCCUAUAGAAUUGUCAUAAAUAUGGUAUGUGUUGAAAGACACACAAACAAAACUCAGAUUUAAUUAUACAAAGAAAGUAUGAUGGAAAAAAACCCUUGUAAAUAUAGUGAAUAUGGGAGAACCUUCAGAGGCCGUGUCUUGUUCAGCAUCAAAGAACUCAUUGUGGAGAGAGAGACCCUAUAAAUCUACUGAAUGUGGAAAGGGAUUUAAUCAGAGUUCCCACUUAAGAAAUCUUCAGAAAACUCAUAUAGGAGAAAAGCCCUACAAAUGCAGGAAGUGUGGGAAGGCCUUCAUUUAUUGCUCAGUUCUUAAUUCAACAUCAGAGAAUUCACAGUGGAGAGAGACCUUAUGAGUGUACUGAAUGUGGCAAGACAUUCAGUCGUAGUACACCUUACUCAGCAUCAAAGAAUUCACACCAGUGAGAAGCCCUGUAAAUGUCUUGAAUGUGGAAAGGCUUUUAAUCAGAACACACAUCUUACUCUACAUCAGAGAAUCCAUACUGGAGAGAAACCUUAUGAAUGCAAUGAAUGUGGUAGGUCCUUUAGUCAGAGUGCACAUCUUACUCAGCAUCAAAGAAUGCAUACAGGAGAAAAACCCUAUGAAUGUAAUGAAUGUGAGAAAGCCUUCCAUGAUCACUCAGCUCUUAUUCAACAUCAUAUUGUCCAUACUGCAGAGAAACCCUAUGAAUGUCAUGACUGUGGGAAAGCUUUCAGUUACUGUUCGGACCUCAUUCAACAUCAGAGAAUGCACACUGGAGAGAAACCAUGCAAAUGCAAUGAAUGUGGGAAUGCCUUUAGUGAUUAUUCAGCCCUUAUUCAGCAUCAUAGAACUCACACUGGAGAAAAGCCCUAUGACUGUAAUGAAUGUGAGAAAGCCUUUGGUAACUAUUCAGCUGUUAUUCGACAUCAAAGAACACAUACAGGAGAAAAGCCUUAUGAAUGUAAGCAAUGUGGAAAAGCCUUUAGCAGAAGCACAUACCUUACUCAACAUCGGAGAAGUCAUAUAGGAGAGAAACCAUAUAAAUGCAAUGAAUGUGAGAAAACUUUCAGCCAGAGUUCAUUCCUUACACAGCAUACGAGGGUUCAUACUGGAGAAAAACCCUACAAAUGUAAUGAAUGUGGAAAAGCUUUUAGUGACCGCUCAGGACAUAUUCAGAGAACUCACACUGGAGAGAAGCCCUGUGAAUGUAAUGACUGUGGGAAACCUUUGAGUUUCUGUUCACCCCUAAUUCAACGUAAGAGAAAUCAUACCAGAAAGAAGCCCUAUAAAUGCACUGACUGUGGAAAAGCCUUCAGUGAUCGGUUAGCACUUGUUCAACAUCAGAUAAAUCACACUGGAGAAAAUACCUAUAAAUGUACUGAAUGUGGAAAAGCAUUCAGUCAGAGUACACACCUCAAAAAUCACCAGAAAACUCAUACUAGUGAAAAAUCCUAUAAAUGUAAUGAAUGUAGAAAGGCAUUCAGUUAUUGCUCCGGUCUUAUUCAACAUCAGGUCAUUCAUACUGUAGAAAAACCUUAUGAAUGCAGUAAAUGUGGCAAAGCCUUUAGGCAGAGGACAGACCUUAAAAAACAUCAGAAAAUGCAUACUGAAGAGAAACCCUAUGAAUGUAAUGAAUGUGGGAAAGCCUUUAGCCAGAGCACAUAUCUUACAAAACACCAAAAAAUUCAUAAUGAAGAGAAAUCAAAUAUACAUACUGAGUGUGGGGAAACCAUUAGACAAAACUCUUCUUUUUUACAAUAAAAACUUCAUGCUGGAGAGAAAUUCUCUGAAUGCCUUAAGAAUUUGGUUAAUAUGGAGACCCUUCCCAGGGAAACAGAAGGAGGAUCAUGAAAACUGUUGACUGCUUAGAAUGAUCACAUGGUUUAGUGGAGAGAGCAUGUUUCUGGGUUUUAGAAGUCAUGGAUCUCAAUCACAGCUCUAUUACUAACUAGAUCUUUUACUUUGGGGUAAGUCACUUCAUAUCUUCAGGCCUUAAUUUCCUCAUCUGAAAAAUUGGAAGGCCUGAUUUGUUGAGCUUUAAGAUCCUCAAUUAUUACAUUUACUAGGAAUUCAAGUUUCUAUAGAUGUGGUUCAGAAUUGUGACUUAUUUAAUGUACAUCAGGUAUGACUCACAAGUGAGCUUGUAGUAGCUAUUAAGGAGUCAAUAAAGAUAU